AUGAUAUCCGGCCGGCGGCAUGAACAAGUAGAAUUGAAAAUGAAGGCUCCUAGUCCCAGUAGCAGUGGUCCUGGUUUAGUAUUCAUCUAUUCUCUCAGCCUCAUCCUCUUCCUAUUAUUCUCUUUCCUUCCAUCUUCCACCUUCGCCUCCUCCGCCCGUUGCCACCCAGAAGACAAAAAAGUCCUCCUAGGAUUCAAGGAAUCCAUUUACGUCCAUCCAGCUCUCACCCAAUGGGAUCCCAACACCGACUGCUGUGAUUGGGCCUUUGUCAAGUGCGACGCCAACACCAACCGCGUCACUCAACUGUUUAUCGCCGUAACCACCAUCGUCGGCCCCAUCCCGCCUGGCAUCGGAGACCUCCCUUACCUCGAAUUCCUCGACCUGUCCGUCUUGAAUAAUGCCGAGCUCCCCGGGUCGAUCCCCGACUCCUUCGCCAAACUUCAGAGACUCAAAACUCUGUCUAUCACCUUGACCCCUCUCUCCUGUCGCAUACCGCAAUUCCUCGGCCAACUUAAAAGCCUGGAGUGGCUCGACCUCUCUCGCAACAAGCUUUACGGUCCGAUUCCGGCUUCUCUAGGGAAGCUCAAGCAUCUGGUAAAUCUUCGACUCCAUGGAAACAACCUAACGGGUAGGAUUCCCCACUCGUUACGCCAACUAAACCCCUAUCUGGUCUCCAUGUACAACAAGCUUACCGGGGAUGCGUCCAUGCUUUUAAGGCCCGACAGUUCGGUAAGAUGGAUCGUUCUGUCAGACAACCGGCUCAAUUUUGAUAUGUCGAAGGUGAGGUUCCCGCAGAACUUGACGGGUCUAUAUCUAUCGCACAACAGGAUUCGAGGAAGUAUUCCGGAAGAGAUCACCAAGUUGGAAUUACUACAGGUGUUUGAUGUGAGUUACAAUCGUUUAUGUGGAAGGAUUCCGGUGGGUGGAAAUGUGCAGCAGCUGGGCAAUUACUCAUUUGUUCAUAACCGUUGUUUGUGUGGUCCGCCACUCCCCGACGAGUGUUAG